UAAAAUUUGCCUGGGUUUUCUUGUGCACUGACAUUGUCACACUCUCAUUGCCUUGGAGUGGUCUUUGGAGGAACAGAUUUUGACUAGUGAUUUACACCAGAUUAGUCAUAAAAAGGAAGUACUUAGAAGCUCACAAUGUCUGAGUCACAGCGACCCAAAUCUAAGAUUUCGGCAUCCAGGAGGUUGUUCUUAAAGACAAAGCUGCUGAAGAAGGCAACCUCUAUGCUUGUGACUGAAAAAGAAGACAAGCAGAGGGAGAGAGAGACCACCUUGCGUGAGAGAGUGCCACCUCUACAACUGUCCGGUCUGUCUGUUCAAGAGCUUCAGGCUCUCUGUAAAGACCUCCAUCAAAAGAUUGAUGUUGUAGAUGAAGAGAGGUAUGAUAUCAACGCCAAGGUGGCCAAAAAUGAAAAGGAGAUUGCAGAUCUGAACAUCAAGAUUACCGAACUUAGAGGUAAAAUGAAGAGACCUGCACUGAAGAGGGUGAAGAUCUCUGCCGAUGCCAUGUUGGGUGCUCUUUUGGGCUCCAGGGUCAAAGAGUCUGUGGAUUUCAAAGCCAACCUCAAGACAGUCAAGAAAGAAGAUGAGAAGAAAGAAGAGGUGACUGACUGGCGUAAGAAUGUGGAGGCCAUGUCUGGAAUGGAGGGCAGGAAGAAGCUGUUUGAUGCUGGACAAUAGAAGAUACAUUUGAAAAACUUUAUGGUGACAACUACACCAGAAUUAAUAAACUUCUUAAAAUGAAUGUACAAUUCAAUGCAAGUUCAUAUAACACAUAUAUCCUAUUGUAAUAAUAGCUUAGGAUUAUGGUUUAAUAUUAUAUUUUAGUUAAAAGGAAACUGCAUAUAAGUUAUUUAGACAAGAAAACAGUGUCUGAAACUUACUUGAUGUCUACUUGAUCUACUUGUUUCUGUGAUGCUGAGCCCAUUUUCUGUCUUAAAAAUAAAAACACAUCAAAGAAAGCCUAAAUAUUUUGCCCCUUACUUAAAAAAAAAAUGCAAAGUGCCUGCAACAAGGACUGACACUUAGGACUUCAGAUCAGAAGACCUCUGGAAAUGUUUGGAUACAACAGCCCUAAAUGUAGCAGAACCUGAAGGCUCUGAACUUGCCAUGCACUUUUAUCUAUUUGACCUCACUUCAUAACAGACAUAACACAACUGCUGUCUCCCAGGAAUACCUUCAGUUGUUCUAACAUCAAUCAACUAUAUUUGUAAAUGUGUGGAACUUAAAAAAAUACAUGCACUUUUAAAGCUUUUCAAACUAAAUCACUCAUUUAAUUUUGUUAUUAAAACAUCCCAAAAACUCUUUAGUUGACCAAC